AUGGCUUUGCAGGUGGAUUUUCAGGCUAUCCCCAAGAUCGAGUUACAUGCACAUCUAUCGGGUUCCAUCUCGAGACAAUGUCUCCACGAGAUAUGGCUCAAGAAGAGAGAAGCUGACGCCACAGAUCUGGAAGACCCUUUGGUAGUUAUGCCAGUAGGCAAACAUGACUAUGAUUUGAACACCUUUUUUCCACUGUUCUCCUCGUACAUCUACCACCUCGUCAAUGAUCGGGAUUCGCUCGAGUACUCCACCAAGGCGGUUGUCCGUGAAUUUGCCGACGACGGUGUCGUCUACCUGGAGCUGCGCACAACACCGCGCGCCAUGCCCGGAGCAGACUUGUCCAAGGCAGGCUACGUCCAGGCCGUGCUGGACGCCAUUGCGGCCGCUGAGGAGGAGAACGCCAAUAUUCGUGUGCGACUGAUUCUGUCCAUUGACCGGCGCAAUACGGCGGCCGAGGCUGAUGAGGUGGUUGCCCUCGCCCGGCAGUUUGCCUCCUCUGGUGUUGUGGCCGUCGACUUGUGCGGCGACCCAGCCCGGGGCGACGUCUCCCUCUUCACGCCCGCCUUCCAGGCCGCUCGAGAUGCUGGGCUCAAAAUCACCAUCCACUUUGCCGAAGCCGAGUGCAGCGCUUCAGACGCCGAACUCGACACCAUCAUGUCGUGGUACCCGGACCGGCUGGGACACGUGAUCCACGUUCCGGAGCGUGUGAAGCGUGUCAUCGAGAGUCGGAGGGGCAUUGGGUUGGAGCUGUGCCUCAGCUGUAAUGUACAUGCCAAGAUGAUCAUUGGCAGUUUCGAGGCACACCAUUUUGGAGAGUGGUGGAAGGUUGAUGGUGUCGUUGUCGUGCCUUGUACCGACGAUGUGGGCGUCUUUGGCAGUCCCGUUUCCAACGAGUGGAGGCUGAUUGAGGAGCACUUCAAGCUUGAGAAGGAGGAGCUCUUUAAGUUGGCUAGAAAGGGCAUCGAGGUCAUCUUCGGCGGAGAAGACGACAAGGAGCGACUCAGGGAUAUCAUGUGGUAA